CGCCGGCCAGGCCACGUGCAACUACAAGUCCCAUCAUGCUGCGCGAGACCUUGAUCCUCCGGCUUUUGCAGGCGAGGGAGUGGGGAGAACAUGGCUGAAAGCAGUCAGGGCGUCCCAACGAGCAGCGGGGUUUGCAGCGAGCAGGACCCGGUCGCCAGCAGUGGCGGCUGCAACUUCCCAGAGUACGAGAUGCCGGAGCUGAGCACACGCGCUUUCCACGUGGGCGCCUUCGGGGAGCUGUGGCGUGACCGGCUGCGCGGGCAAGGGGAUCUGUCGCUGAAGGAGCCGCCGGCAUCCGAGCUGCCUGGGCAAGGAGGGGUCGCCGACCCCGGCUGGGACGAUGCCGCGGUGGCACGGGAUCUGGGCUGCGAUCUGGAGGCAGCGACCGAGCUGAGGGCAGUUUGCGGCCUCGAUAAACUGCAGUGCCUUGAGGAGGACGAGGACCCAGAAGUCAUCCCACAGGAUACUGACCUAGUGACUUUGGGGGUUAGAAAGAAGCUUUUGGAACAUCGGGAAGAAACAUUAACGAUAGAUCGGGCCUGCAGACAAGAAAUACUUGCUUAUGAGAUGGAGUCACAUGCCAUAGGAAAAAAGCCUGAAAAUCCAGCAGACAUGAUUGAAGAAGGGGAACUUAUCCUAUCUGUGAAUGUCUUAUACCCUGUUAUAUUUCAUAAGCACAAAGAGCACAAACCAUACCAGACGAUGCUGGUGCUGGGCAAUCAGAAGCUCACGGAACUAAGGGACUCAAUUUGCUGUGUCAGUGACCUCCAGAUCGGUGGGGAAUUCAGCAACACUCCUGACCAGGCCCCUGAGCACAUCAGCAAAGACAUAUAUAAAUCAGCCUUCUUUUAUUUUGAAGGAACAUUUUAUAACGAUAGAAGAUACCCUGAAUGCAGAGAUCUGAGCAGAACUAUCAUUGAGUGGUCAGAGGCCCAUGACAGAGGCUAUGGAAAAUUUAAGACUGCUAAAAUGGAAGAUUUCACCUUCAAUGACUUAAAUAUUAAACUGGGUUUUCCCUAUUUAUACUGUCACCAGGGAGACUGUGAACAUGUUGUUGUCAUUACUGACAUAAGGCUUGUGCAUCGAGAUGACUGCUUGGAUAGAACACUUUAUCCCCUUCUUAUCAAGAAGCAUUGGCUAUGGACCAGAAAAUGUUUUGUUUGUAAAAUGUACACAGCCAGAUGGGUGACCAACAAUGACAGUUUUGCACCAGAUGAUCCAUGUUUCUUUUGUGAUGCUUGCUUCCGAAUGCUUCACUAUGACUCAGAAGGCAACAAACUGGGGGAAUUCCUCGCUUAUCCUUAUGUUGAUCCUGGAACCUUUAAUUAACCAAUAAAAAGUGUACACUCUAGGAGCAUGAUCAACCUGACACCAUCAGCUAGUUACCCCUACUCCACCCCCAAAAUUUGAAAUUACAGAUUUUCUUAUAAAGUAACUUGAUUGUAUUUAAAUGCUUAAAAAUAUAUUUUACUAUUUAUCACACAAUAUAGUUCUUAUUCAGUUCAGUGCAUUUUGCCCAUCUUAAGUGUAUUUAUCUUACAGAAGGAGCGCUUUAUAUAUUGAAUACAAAUCCUUUGCCAUCUA